UAUCUGUGAGGUUAGACUAAGUACCUAUUUAAUCUUCUAUUAUGUUAAUCUUUGUACCACCUAUAUAAUUGUGUUAUUCCUUCAAAUAUAGUAGUAUUAUUCGAGCAUUCACUCGUUUCAUUUACCUGACUACGUCACACCCUUAUAUGGCGACCCUGCCUAUGGAAUCUUCCACCGCGCCGCGAAUUUGAGACGUUACUCGUGUAAUCGUUAAUAAGGACAAUGGAAAAGUACCAGUUCUAUCUUUGUUUCGGACUAAACGCUAGUGUACACGUGAAUAAAAAAUUUCACAAAAAUAAUGGGCUCCCCACAGUCUAAAGAAGAAACCCUGGUCAUCCAGAAUGCUGCGGCUGGCGAUAAUAAAGCAACUACAGAACAAAUUCGCUUUCAUAUGAGCACCACAAAUAUUAUCCUGUGUGUUAUCCUGUUAAUUAUACUGUGUGGCGUGCUGUUCUUCAUAUAUCGACUAUAUAGAAAAUGCCAUAGAAAAUGGAUUGUUAAGGAGAUAAAUCGGGCGACUAUAAGAAGAUCACUUUUCCGGCGACAGUUGGAAGACCUUAACCCACCCCAAAAAAUCUAUUCAAAAGAAAUGGUGUAAAAAAUAAAUAAAAAUAAAAGUGCAUAAAUAUAUUUCAAAAGUGAAAAUUUAUUAUAUAAAAAUAAAUAUUAAAAAAAAAAAAAAAAAAGUGAAAAUAAUAAAAUACAAUAAUCUACUUAAAAAAAAAAAAAAAAAAAGUAUCUUAAAUAUAUAAUCAAAUAUCCUAAUAAUAAUUUUAUGUACGAGAUAUAGGUCACCGGUAAGGAAUGCAGCGACUUUCCAUAUACGGACGGACGGAUGAUGCACUGUGACUGAACUUUGGACUUGAUAGUGUUAAUUGUAAUCGCGAUUAUAUUUUAAAGUCUAUUUUUAUUUAUUUUUUAAUGUGUUAUGUUCUUUAUGUGCACAGGUACAAGAAUAUUUUACUCUACGUUAUGGUGGUAAGUGACUAAUGGAAACUAUUAUAUCAUUGUAUGAGGAAUUAAAGAAAAUUAGAGUAUAUUUAAUUAAAUUAGGAGCCAGUCGAAGAACGGAAAAAGUGUUAGUAAACAAAUUAAAUGAGAUUAAUGCAAUCUAUGAGAAAUAUGAGACGUGGCUGAUAGGUUUUGAAGAAAAACUUAAGAGAAAAUAUUAUAGUUCGGAUGAUAUUAUAUUAAUCAAAAAUUAUUGUAGUCGAUUUUUAGAGUUACAUGAAAAUAUUUUAGUGUUGUGUAAUAGUGAUAAGCCGAAGUCAUCGUUCAACAUGAAUUCUUUUGAUUUAAAAACGGCGUUAAAUCUUUUACCUAUUAUGACAAAUGAGGAGUCGAAUACAAAACAGUUGAUUGAUAACAUUGAAUAUUAUAAUACUUUAUUGAAAGAAGAUACAUGUAAACAAAAUUUAAUUAAUUUCGUAUUAAAAAGUAGGCUUUCUCCUGAAGCUAAGUUAAAAUUAAAAUCAAAAUAUGAAUCAGUUAAUGAGUUAAUUAUUGAUAUGAGAAAUGUAUUAUUGUGUAAGAAAGCUGCAACGGCAAUACAAAAUAAAUUACAAAAAAUUAGACAAAAUGACUUGUCAAUUGCUGACUAUGGUAAAGAAAUAACGGAACUAUUUGUUGAUUUAACGAUAACGCAAGCUGACGGGAAUGAUCAAUGCUAUAAAAUAUUAAAACCUAUUAAUGAAAAAAUGGCUGUUAAGCAAUUUGCUGACGGCUUGCGUAAUCGUCGACUUAGUACGAUUAUUUCAGCCAGGAAUUAUAGUUCACUUAAAGAUGCUGUACAGGCAGCCCAAGAUGAAGAAGUAUCAAUUCCUUCAACAUCUGGAGAAAUCAUGGGUAUGUACAAGAAACCAUACCAUAAUAAAUAUUUCAACAAUGGUUCAAAUUAUUAUAGAAGCUGGCGUGGAGGACGUUGCCGCUAUCCUGUACAUAGAGGAAGAGCUCGAGGACAGCAAGCAGCUCAUCUAGCUUCUCGAGGACAAGGGUCACGAGGUCAGUACACGCGAGGAAGUAGCGGAGGUCCACAGCAGAGAGGUAAAUUUUUUAAUUCAACUAGAGGAAAUCAAGGGAUGCGUAAUAAUCGUAAUAUUCAUUUAAUGCAUGAUAAUGAUAAUAAUAAUUUCGAAAAAUUUGAAGAGUCAGAACUUUCUUUGAAUCAGUUUUUUCGUGAGGAAUAGUGAAAAAUUUAUUUUAGCCAGUGAUAGUAAUUGUUAUAUUUCUUUACUUUCAUCAUCAUGUAAUAAUUAUAACAAAAAAUAUUUUUUAGUAGAUUCUGGAGCAUCAAUAUCGGCAUGUACGUAUAAACAUGCUAUAGAAUGUAACAUUCCAAUCCAUAAGGAGAAUGUAACAGUCAACGGUUUAGGUGGAAGUGUACAAGCAAUAGGAUACUUAUUUUUACCAUUAACUUUUAAUAAUGAAACAUUCAAUCAUAAGUUUUUUGUUUUUCAAAAUUUACCAAUUAAAGGAAGUGGAAUUUUAGGCCGUGAUUUUUUAAAUAGAUGCAAAGCUCAAUUAGACUUCAGUAAAAAUACUUUGACAUUAUUUAUUAAUUCGAAAAUUACUUUACCUUUAAUAAAUACAUGUAAUGUUAUUUUUGAGAUCCCAGCUAGAAGCGAGUCAAUACAUUUUAUACAUACGGACAUUAAUGAAGAUUGUGUCAUAUUAUCUCAAGAAAUAAAACAUGGUAUAUUUUUAGCAAGUUCCAUAUGUUCACCAAAAGAUGGAUUGAUUCCUGUUAGAAUACUUAAUGUUACUGAAAAUGAUGUUCAACUCACAGAAAUAAAUCCAAAAAUUGAUAAAGUUAGUAACUAUAAUAUUUGUGAAUUUGAAAAGUCAACGACCGAUUCAAAUAGAGUGAAAAAACUUUUCUCAUUAAUGAAAUUGCAACAUUUAAAUAUUGAGGAACAAAAAACUAUUGAGAACAUUUGCGCUAAAUAUUCAGAUAUAUUUUACCUCCCUGGUGAUAAAUUAAGUACUACUGAUGUAUACACACAUACUAUUUCUGUCAAACCUAAUACAAAUCCAAUCUUUUCAAAACAAUAUCGUUUGCCAUACUCUCAAAAGGACGAAAUUAAACGCCAAAUUGAUAAAAUGUUAGAGGAAGGGAUAAUUGAACCUAGCAAGAGCGAUUGGUCUAGUCCAAUACUGUUAGUACCUAAAAAAUCAGAUUCAACAGGAGACAAAAAAUGGAGGCUUGUCGUAGAUUAUAGGAAAUUGAAUAAUCAGAUUGAAGACGAUAAAUUCCCACUACCAGAUAUUACUGAAAUUCUGGACUCGUUGUCAGGUAGCAUUUAUUUCACACAUUUAGACUUGCAUCAAGGAUACUAUAAUGUUAAUUUAGAUGAAAACAGUAGAAAAUUUACAGCUUUCCAUUCAGGACAGUAUCAGAUGACACGUAUGCCAAUGGGACUUAAAACUAGCCCAAGUUCAUUUUCCAGAAUGAUUACAUUGGCAAUGGCUGGUCUAAAUUAUGAAAAAUGUCUAAUUUAUUUAGAUGACUUAAUUGUUUUUGGCCGUAAUUUAACAAUUCAUAAUAAAAAUUUACAAGAUGUUUUUGAAAGAUUACGUCAGGUCAAUUUAAAAUUGAACCCAGUAAAAUGCGAUUUUCUUAAAAAAGAAAUUUUGUAUUUAGGUCAUGUGAUUUCUAAU